CGAUUCGCUAUUGCAAUAUGAAAAUACUUUUCGAAGUGAACGGGUGUUUUGCGGUAUAGUGUAAAAUAAGAUAGAACUGGACAAAAAAAAAAAAUACAAAAAUAAAAAUUGUGAAAGAAAAAACAAAAAACGGUAAACAAGUGUGAAAUAGAGUCUGAAAUUUGUAGAAAGAUUUACAGUUAUAUCAUAAAUAACGAAGUGUAUUUAAAAAAUCAACAAAAAUAAUUUUUACGGAAGUUUCGCACAAAAGUGAGUAAAAACACGAGCGUUGUGGAAAAUUUGCGAUUAUAGUACAUAUAGAAUACAUAGAUUUGCCGCAAGAGAAAUUUCAAAAAUUGUUUAUUUUGAAAGUGGGUCAAGUUUACUUCCGACAAAGUAGUUGAAGAUGUCAGACACCAACAGUGAAACAUCCGCCCGGCAGCCGCAACAACGCGCAAAUGGCACAGACCGCUCCCCGUCGACUGAAGAGAAUGAAGUCCCACGCGAACCUGCUCUGGUACACAAAGACAUAAAUAUUAAGACUGAAUUGGAAUGCCUCGUCAAAUUGCUCGAUGGCAGAAUCUACAAAGAAGAAGAGACUGCCAUGGAAGAAUUGCACCAGUAUCUGAUCGAAGACGAAGGCUCAUGGGUGUUGGGUGACAAUUUCCUCAUUUUCGUGCAGCGCAUAUUGCGUGAUGACAACUUUUCACCCGAUACACGAGUACAUUUGAUACGUACAUUGGCCUAUGCAGCGCUAAAGGAUGACGUCAUCAUUAUACUGCAUCAGGAUCGACGAGAUCAUACACUUAUGAACUUUGCGCAAGACAUUGAAAAACACACACCAGAAGAGCAACAAGCGUGGGCGAUGUUUAUGUGUAAUCUGUUUGAAAAUCUAGGCCCCUCUGAAUGGUUGCUUUAUAUCUCCGAAUGGGAUUAUAUGGGUCAAACGAUAUCGAAUAUACGAGUUACAACAAAAGUAGCGGUACAUUGUAUACUUUCGAAUUGUCCACAAAUGAAGAAUACCGGUUCAAUGAUACUCUACAAUAUUGCCAUAAAGGAGGUGAAGACAGUGGUCUUUGAUGACGUUGCUGUGGAACUGGCCAUGGCUAUUUUGCAAUUCUUUCAAAGCAGCCCAGUGGAGGAGCAAGUUUUCCGCACGCUUAAGGCAUUGGCGCGUUUCUUGGAGGUAUCCGCUGACGUUGCUGCCAUCAUCCAGAUGAUCGGUCCGCAUCCCAAGCAGUUUGCCGGAAUGAGCGAGCGCGUCGAUGAGUUGGUGAAUAAUAUUAGUCGCAAAGUGCCGGCUUAAAGCCAUUCUUCUGCACACACUUUUACAUACGUACAUAUAUUUUAAAAAUAUUUGCAAUAGAACUGCUAAGUGUCACAACUUCUUUACAAGGCAUAUUUAAUUUUAAUAUUAUUUUUUAUUCAUUUAUUACUAUGCGUUCGAAAAAUUAAUUUUACAUAUAAGCACACUUUCUAAAGUAAUGCAAGCGACUUUUUGUAAAAAAAAAAUAUUAAGCUGAAAUAUCAUUGAUUAGCUUUCAUGCUUACUGAACAAGA